UCAAAUUGAGCAUGACUCCAAUCUACUUCCUGCCUUCGUGGCUGCUUGCGGCUACGCUCCUUCUUCAACGAUUGACCCCAACUUUUUCCAAUUGCGGCACAAAAGACCCAUCGCCCUUCGAACAGCGCUUAGAUCAGAUUCGAAUUAAGCACUUGAAGAACUCCCCGCAAGGUCGCCGAUUGAUUGCGGACUCCUGCGAAGAUCUUUGCACCCAGUGUGUGGAGAUAGACGUCUACUUUCAUUUGAGCGCCAUUCCUAUUCCGACAGACGACGGCAGCGGUAGCGAACAGUUCAUUUUCCCUCAUCCUCUCGAGUCGGUUGCUCGCUUGGCGGCAAGUGAUGCGACACUGGCUAUCGAAGACUUUGCGUCGCUGCAAGAUAUCUACAGCCUGAUCGACACGAACAUGCAGGUACUCAAUGAGCGGUAUGCGGAGUCCCCGUUUAUAUUUACUUGGAAAAACGCAGAUCCUGCCAGUGCCAGCGUUUCCGCCAAUCCAGACAUGGUGGACUUUGCACUGGAAACCUUGUUUGACGAGAAUGGCGUGGCUGCGGAACUGCAUACCGGGGACGCUAGCGUGCUGAAUGUCUACCUGACGUAUUCGCAAUGCCUAUUGACUGAGGAAACCGACCCAGACACAGGCGAAGCGGCUUCCGACUGUAGCAUCGUUGGCGUGGCCGUCUUUCCGAGCUAUCAGCAAGCCAAUCGUCGAGCCGAUGGUGUCUAUGUCAACUACAGCACUCUGUCUGGGGGAGGCCUUCCGAGCAACGAUGUUGGGUUGACUUUGGUUCAUGAAGUAGGCCACUGGCUGGGACUGUACCAUACCUUCCAGAACACUGGUGAAGAUGAGGGUGUAGAUCCAUGCUCACCAGAGAACGGGAACGACUACGUUGCCGAUACACCCAUCCAGUCCGCCUCGUCCCAGGAGCUGUACGAAUGCUCGUUAAGUUUUUACGAGGGCGAAGAGCUCCCAGACUCAUGUCCCGACUUGGCUGGAAGCGACCCUGUGUUCAACUACAUGAACUAUGUCUCGGACGAAAAAUGCUGGCCUCCCGGCGUAGGUGAAUUUACGUGUGGACAGUAUGAGCGAAUGUACAUGCAAUGGCUUCUGUACCGCCGGUCGAACGAACCCUGCCAAGACAAUGAAAUUGAUAUUGAAAUUUCGAUGGAGAUCAGCGAACUCUUUACUGAAGAAAACGCAUUUUACCUUACAUAUGUCGACACCGGUGAAGUGGUGCUUAAUUCGACACGUGAUUUUGAAGCCCUUGGGCCUCCUUAUCAAACUGAAGUGAAAUCUGACUUUUGUGCUCCCGUUGGACAAUACUCGUUGGUACUCGUGGACAAUGCUCUAAACGGAUUCCUGGAUGGUGGGUUUGUCGAAGUGACUGUCAAUGGCGACCUGGUAGAACGUGUUUCCGGAAACUUUGGAGAAAUGGUCACUAUUAACUUUGGAAAUACAGCCGGGGAUCCAGGCACAGUCCCGAGUAACAGCACUCCCAGCCCGGCGAUAGAAAAUGGUCCAACGCAAAGUCCUGUGAUGAACAACCCGCCAACACUGAGCCCAGAGAAUGGAACUGUUCCUGAAGGUGGUACUUCCCAGGUCAGCGAUGCAUCGUCCCAUGGUUGGUCCCACACAACCAUCAGCUUCGUUAUUGGUUGGGCGAUAUUGUGUGUUGGAAUUGUCCAUAUGUGA